AUGCUAGAGAACACGCAACUACAUAAAACAUUAGUUUUCAAGUUACAACAAUUGCUACACCGGUAUAAUCCUUUUCUCCAUGUGUUUCGCCAGCUUGCACAACGGUCAAAUGUACAUGAGUGUAGUUUGGUCAUUAGAAAGAGGCCUGCUAAUCAGCCACAAUAUAGUCUUCCAACUACGUCGCAGGUAGCAGCUAUAAUUGUUGGUGAUGACAUUGAAACAAUGAUUCGUGGGCAAGAUAUUAAGGUGCAAACUCAUACUGGUAGCCUACGAAGGAUUCAGAAAUUCGUUGCCUAUUACGAUCCACUACAGUAUCCUCUUCUUUUUCCAUUUGGAACUCAUGGAUGGGAUAUCAAUACUCGAAGUCAAAGUGGUGGCAAAGUAUCAUGCCGAACAUAUAAUAGCUAUAUGCUCCAGAUCUGUCCCGAUGAUCAUUCCACCGUAUUGCAAGAAGGAAAGUUAAGAUGGGUUCGAACUAGACAGAAGAAAUUACGGGCUGAAUUAUACCAAGGCUUACAAGAUGCCUUGCACACAGGAGAAAUCAAUGCAAAAAAUAUUGGAAGAAAAAGAACAAUAUUACCAUCGUCGUUCAUUGGUAGCCGUCGUGACAUGACCCAACAAUAUGAAGAUGGAAUGGCAAUUGUUCUUAAAGAGGGCAAGCCAGAUAUUUUUCUCACAAUGACAUGCAAUCCAUCUUGGACUGAAAUAACUUCAGAACUCAACCUAGUUCAAACUCUACAAGACCGUCCAGAUCUAACAACAAGAAUUUUUCGAGCCAAAUUUGAACAGCUGAAAGAGGAUGUAAUUACUAAGGGUGUCUUGGGAAAGGUGAAGAGCUAUAUUUAUGUCACUGAGUUUCAAAAAAGAGGGUUGCCACAUGUACAUAUGUUACUAAUCUUAGAAAAUAAUGACAAGUUAAUUGACCCAGAGCAUUAUGAUAGUUUGCAAUAUAAGCGACGAUUCGACACACCAAUACCAAUUAACCAAAAUGUCACAGUUAACAAUAGAUGGGUAGUUCCAUACAACCCUUGGCUACUACUAAAGUAUGAUCGCCAUAUUAAUGUUGAGAUAUGUAAUAGUAUCAAGAGUAUAAAGUAUCUUUACAAGUAUUGCUACAAAGGUCCAAACCGGGUUGCAAUGGAAGUUCACAACGGUUCUAAUGUUGACAAGGUCCAACAGUUUGUUGAUGCAAGAUGGAUCACUGUUCCAGAGGAAUCCUACAUGGCUACUCGCGGGCGAGGUCGAACGCGUACACGGGGAAGUAGGAAUGAGCAACCAGCUGACAAUCACGCCGAAUUCAUGGUGGCGAUGGCGAAUCUCGCUAACACCAUGGAAGCUAAUGCUGCUGCGACUCUGCAAGCAGUGUAG